AUGGACCGUUUUGUGAAGAGAACAAGACCGUCCCAGAAGUCCAACAGUCCUUUGGCGUUGACGGCUGGGUGGACCAACACCAAUAAGACACCUGAAAGGCCACCAACAAAGAAGCGCCGAACCGAUCAAAUCAGGCAGAAAAGUGAUGCUGAAGACGAUGACUCUUCCGCAGCAUUGAACAGUGACCAAAAGGAGGAUUUGUUUCUGGCGGAUCAAAAUCGGGAUUCGCCUCUCGUUCGAGACGGGAAGACCGGAAGUGGUGAUGCUGAAGAUGGCGAUGCCACAGAGACUGCUCUAGCAGCGCAGCACCAUACGGCCUUAGAGGAUAGUCUGCCCGAAGUCAAGAUUGACAACGAUAUCACCGAAGAAUACGAAAAGCUGAAGUCUUCCCAAGCUGAGGAUGGUGAAGUUAGCGCGGAGACACGGCUACAGACACGGAAAUGGGUCCGAGGACAAAGUUCGAUCUACGUUGACGCUUUCAACCUUGCCUUGGAUACAGUUCUGCAAGACGAAGCGCAUCUUUUUGAGGAGAAGGAAAACUGUGUACUCGAGAAUUGGAGAGCGUUGAGCUAUGAAGCUCAGUACUUGUAUGUGCGUUUGUUUUUGCGCAAAACCGCUUCUUGGCAUCGCUUAGAACGACUGAAGCAUUACUCCGACAUAUCGGAUAUAGAGAAGGCCAUUGAGAGUCUACUGGAGCCUCGAGCGUUGCCCGAGGGACAGUCUGUGAAGAAGUCCGACGAGGAAUUCGUGGCAGAACCAGGGCAUGUCUUCGCCGACACGUUCGCGUUCGCUGAUGAUUCAGCAUCGCACAUCAAAACGGUCGAGCAAGCUGCACAUCUGCUCUCUCUCGAUGAGCUCAAAACUCUCGCAAAGGAUGCCAAAGUCCAAGGCAAGAACAAACCAGACCUCAUCAAGGCUUUCUGCCGGAUGUGUUCUCAGCAGUCAAGCCUCAUGUCUGUUGGACUACGACGGUCCAGCACCAAUGCCUCGAUGCAAUCGUUGGACUCGACAUCGGAAGAGGCAAACACGGAGAAACAAGAUACCAACCGAAAGGCGCAUUUCCUGGACAAGAUUCUCGCUAUCACUGGCCCGCUCGUCAGACUUUCAGAGUCUGUCUUCAAGCUAUUUGAACGUGUUCACUUGGUUUUCUAUCGGUCUACCGAAUGGACAGAAAAGUCACUGACAACAAUCAUCUUAGCCAAGAUUUCGAGGAGGAACUUUCCUGAAUAUGUUGUCUGUCGCUCAGCUAACAUCUUUCCAUCUCGGCGAUAUCUCUUGGAGUUCGAGAAUUCAAUGCGUCUCCAGUUCGAGGUAGACACCAUCUUGGAGUUCAACGGGCCGCCGGGAGCAGAGGGGAAUCGCAAAGUCGUGGAAAGGUUCGAGAGCAUAGCUCCUCGUUGGAGAGAGCUGCUUGCUGAAGCACAGAAAAUGGAGAACACGGGCUAUGAGUUCGGUGAAGGAGGGUAUCUUCGCCGCUUCAAUGCAGGUCAUGCCUAUACGAGGAUUGCGCAUAAAGCUGCUGAAGCUCUUGGCCGCUUACAUUGGUAUCAGGAUGAAUACGAUCUACUGGCCGAGCUACUGAGCCAACAACUCUUUCACCUUGCCCGGCGAGGUGCUUGGUAUAAGCGAAAGGCCCUCGUUGAGGAGCGGUAUAUGUGGGAGCUGGAACAACCUCCUACAACCGCAUUUUCCGAAGCACAAAAGAAUCUUCAGAAGAAACGUUGGAGGCAAAUUGCUCUGGCAACCUGCGAAACCGCCCUUCAGGAUCCCAAUUGUCAUCUGAUCUAUCAUUAUGAUUUGCAAAAGCGACUUAUCAGACUUGAAAAGCAACUCAACAUUCCGCGUCGGCAACAGCACAACUUUGACCAUGCCAGGCUACGAGAUCCGGAGGAGCACACAAUCGAGGGUAUUCAGUUGGUCCAUGAGGACGCAGGUCGUGGCCAAGGAAGUACCAAGACUAUCUGGCUUGACGAACUGGAUGACCCGGAUGAUAAGGGCAAUCUGAUGCAUGUCAGUGUAGAAGAGAUGUGCCUCUCAUUCUACCGCACACAAGGCUGGAAAGGAUAUCACAGCGAGGGUGGGAUUCUGCGGACACUCUUCGCGUACUUGUUCUGCGACAUCCUCUUCAUCUUCGUCCCGAACGUCUUUCAGACCGCUUACCAAACCUGUCCUUUGGAUCUACAUACUGACGCCUUCUAUCCGGCCCGGGCGAGCGAGAUCAACCACCGGUUGGUGGAAAUAUCCAAUGGUGGAGCUGUUGACCUUAUUCGCCGGGUUAACGAGCAGCACCGCGAGCGCCGUACAUGCAUUGUUGGGUUGAACUGGGAUUACGAGGUUGAGGAUCUUAUCCAGCUGGUUUCCUGCUUUGAGAGUGAGGCUCUUGCCGCCAUAUGCAAGGUCAUUGCACAGGAUUACAAGGCUCGUGGGGGUGGUGUGCCGGACUUAAUCCUCUGGCGUACUACACAUGAGUUAAGCGACGAUCGAAAGGAGCAGUCUGAGAACGGCAAGGGAGAAGUGAUGUUUGUGGAAGUCAAAAGUGCCAAUGACCGGCUCAGUGACACACAACGGCUAUGGAUCCAUGUCCUCUCGGCAGCGGGCGUACGGGUCGUGCUGUGCAAUGCUGUAGCCAAGGAAGUGAAGACAAUCGACUGA